UCUGUUCUGUAUCUGAGGCUGAAUGAAAGCAGAUCUGUCGCUCUUUCUGCUUUUCUCCGUGGAUCGGACUGGAUGUAAAAAGAAAAAAAAAAACAAACACCAAAAAAAAAAACCAUACUGGCUGUAUGUGCACUGAGAUUUGACCUUGCGUUACGAGAAAUCUUCAUUCGGACCGUCAGGGGACGCGUUAAGAGGAUACUGUUGCUCUUGCAGUUUGGGUCACCGUCAACGUGAAAGAGGGGGAAAGUCAGUAAACAGGCUGAUUGACCUUGUGUGCGGGGUUUGUUGUUUGUGAUAAGCUGUUUAUCUUAGAUCGUUCAGACGACAUGAACAUGGAUGAGGACAACAGAGUAUCAGGAUAUCCGGCAGAAGUCAUUGUCUUAAACUGACAUCAAAUCAAACACUUUGAAAUUAUAUCUCCAGAGCGGUUUUCAUUUCCGUAUGUGAAAUGCGAGUGAUGGUGGAAUGUCAUUGAAGAAGUCCCCGAAGAUCUCUCUCUGGCAGAAAGAGAUGAACUGUCUAACAUUCGACGAAGGAAAAAAGAACUACUAGAUGACAUUGAACGGUUAAAGUUUGAGAUUGCUGAAGUGAUGACAGAGAUUGAACAUUUAACAUGCAUGGGAGAGACAAAGACCACUCAGAGGAAUAAGCAGAUGGCUAUUGGAAGAAAGAAAUUCAAUAUGGAUCCUAAAAAGGGUAUCCGGUUUCUUUUGGAUAAUGACCUUUUGCAACACACACCUGAGGACAUUGCACAGUUCCUAUACAAAGGAGAAGGCUUGAAUAAAACAGUCAUUGGGGACUAUUUAGGGGAAAGGGAUGAUUUUAACAUCAGCGUUCUACAGGCCUUUGUGGAACUGCAUGAGUUUGCAGACCUCAACCUAGUGCAAGCUUUACGGCAGUUUCUGUGGAGCUUCAGACUCCCUGGUGAGGCUCAGAAGAUUGACAGGAUGAUGGAAGCUUUUGCAUCGCGAUAUUGCCAGUGCAACCCAGGCGUCUUCCAGUCCUCAGACACGUGCUACGUCCUGUCGUUCUCCAUCAUUAUGCUCAACACCAGCCUGCAUAACCCCAAUGUCAGGGACAAGCCCAGUGUGGAGAGAUUCAUCUCUAUGAACCGCGGGAUCAAUGAAGGUGGUGAUCUACCCGAGGAGCUGCUCAAGAAUUUAUAUGAAAGCAUUAAAAACGAGCCCUUCAAAAUCCCUGAAGAUGACGGAAAUGAUCUGACGCACACGUUCUUCAAUCCAGACAGAGAAGGGUGGCUGCUUAAGCUAGGAGGAAGAGUGAAGACAUGGAAAAGGAGAUGGUUCAUUCUCACUGAUAACUGCUUGUAUUACUUUGAAUAUACAACGGAUAAAGAGCCUCGCGGGAUCAUUCCACUGGAGAACCUCAGCAUAAGAGAGGUGGAAGAGCCAAGAAAACCAAACUGCUUUGAGCUCUACAACCCAAGUCAUAAAGGCCAGGUAAUCAAAGCGUGUAAAACAGAGGCAGACGGCAGGGUUGUAGAGGGGAACCAUGUGGUGUACAGAAUAUCAGCCCCUACUCCUGAGGAGAAAGAGGAGUGGAUCAAAUCCAUCAGGGCCAGCAUCAGCAGGGACCCUUUCUACGAGAUGCUGGCGAGCAGAAAGCGGCGAGUCGCCACUAAGAAGUGACAGCAGGAUGACCUUUGCAGGAGUUGCUGAUCUCUAAUAGAGAGUCUAUUGUCUGCUCAGCUACAGGGGAGCGUAUUAAAUCACUCCGGAACCUGAAGGAGGUUAGCUGCAGGACACAGAGACCUCCCUCCACUCAGAGCAUCAAAGACUCGCAGCAAUAAAACACUUCAUGGUUGAUGCAUAUUUUAACGUGGUGAUCUGCAGAAAAGCUGCAGUGUUGGCAGAAAAUGGACACAGUACCACAUUGCCCUCUACUGAUCAACUGCAGUAAUGACCACACGUUCGUACUAAUAUUACAGUCUAUUGUAAAAUUGGCCUCUCAUUCUCACGUUAUUAUUAUUAUUAUUAUUAUUAUUAUUAUUAUCUUAUCGAGAAUAAAUAAAAUAAUUGUAGGGCCCAAAAUUCUGCAACUUCCCUUAAACAAAGGGGCCUUUCAGUAUUUUUUUUUAAUUAAUCUAUUAUUUAAAAUUAUUUUUAUGAUAAUGUGAUCAAAAUCAGCAGGACUGAUUGUGACUUUUUCCAUACUUCUAUACUUUAUUGUUUGUUAAAACUUUUUUAAAUCAUAUAAGCAAAUGAAGGAUGUUUCUGUUGUGUCUGUGAUACCUUAAAUGUUUUAGUGAAACUCAGUCUUUGGUUACAGGAUAUUAUUCUAAUGAACUAUUUAUUUUACUCCCCAGGACCAGUUAACUCUAACAUCCCCACUAAAUUACAGGUCAGAUUCCCCAUAGCAUAACUGGAAUAAAAGAAAAUGUUAUAUUAAUAGUUGUCUGCCUUUCUGUGAAGCCAUGGAGUGACCUAUAGUAAAGGUCAAAGGAUUUUAAUAAAUGGGUAUGAAUUACGAGUACUUUCAUGAUCGUAAACUAGUCUUUUAAAACCCAUAAUGGUAAAUGUUUAUGGUCGAUGAAGUAAGGUGAAAGAUCAGUGGGGAGGAUCAGGAAAACUUCAAAAAUGUGAACAUGUCUACUGUGAAAACUCCGAUUCAGUAAGUAAUAAAUAAAAUGGAAAAUUAAAGAAACGUUCACAAGAGCUUUUUUAAUUUUUUUUUUUAUUCAAAAGGCAAGAAUAGACCUCACCCUGUACAAAGCCAAACACUCAACCCAUCAUCACAUACAUAUCCAUUCAUCCCCCCAAAAAAAUCUGUAAACAUACUGAGAAAAUAUUACAAUUGUAGACAUUAAGGCCUAUUCCCUCUUAAUUAAUACAGAAUGUACAACAUAGAAUUUUUCAACAUGCUACAGUAAAAUGUAGGAUUUGAAUAUAACCGUUUUUACUUAUUUUUGUCAAAAGUGUGUGUGUGUGGGGGGGGUAUU